UUCCUUCGGUCAGCCCAGAAAAGAGCCUGGCUUGGGGUCCGGGCCUGCAAGCCCCCCUGGCCUUGCCAGUCCGGUACUUCGCCCUCCAGGCGCUGAGCAGCCAGGGAAGGCACUUCACCUGCUCCCCGCCAGGACCUGUCUGGGAUAACAAAACCGAGCAAGGAUUUUUCAGAGGUCGAGACAGCCGGGAAGAACGGCUUCAGCUUGUGAAGCUCUCCAAAGAAAACCCAGAACUUCUUGAUGCUGGAAUAACUGGUUAUUUCUUUUUCAAAGAAAAGGAGAAAGAGCUGGGGAAAGCUCCACUGAUGGGCUUCUUUGAUUUCUUUAAGUACAAAUAUCAAGUGAAUGUAGAUGGCACAGUAGCAGCCUACAUGUUCCCAUACCUUUUAUUGGGGGACAGUGUUGUAAUCAAGCAAUCUUCACCAUAUUAUGAGCACUUCUAUAAGGAGUUGGUGCCAUGGCACCACUAUGUCUCUGUUAAAAGAAAUCUAGAAGACCUGCUAGAAAAGAUAAAGUGGGCUAAGGAAAAUGAUGAAGUAGUUAGAAAAAUUGCUAAAGAAGGGCAGCUGGCUGCAAGAGAGCUACUGCAACCUCAUCGGUUUUAUUGCUACUAUUUCAAAGUGUUCCAGGAAUAUGCUGAACGCCAAACUAUUAAACCUGAAAUACGGGAUGGGAUGGAAUUUGUACCUCAGCCUGAUGACAGGACUUCAUUAUGUGACUGCCACAGGAAACAGUCUUCAAAGGAUGAGCUAUAAGUGUGAUGAAAGGGAUCAAGGACAAUAUUUUAUAGAUGUGAUAAAAUAAGACUUUCAGUGAUAUUUAAAGCUGAGAGAUCUGGCAUGAAAAAGAAAUAUUUUCAGUACAGUGAUUACUCAGAACAAGUUAAUUAAGUGGAAUUUAACUCUCAGGUAAGCGUGUAGAGGAUUGCAGCCUUAGAUGCAUUUCCUCAUGAUUCCUAUGCAAAGUGCUAUAUGUGCCUUUUCCAAAACUGGCAUAAAAGUUUUCAACUGGACUGUGUUCUCCUGACCCUUUUCUAUGCAUCACUUCCAUGCGUUAUUAAUGUAGGUAAUGGUAAUAUUUGCAAACCAAUGGUAGAUUGCAAUGAGACUUACUAUUGAUCUACAUAACUUUCUUUUCUUUUCUUUUUUUAAAUAUAUAAAAACUUUAUUAGCACAUUGAUUUACAAAGAAAUUACAAAUAGCCUGACAAAAUACAAAAAAAUGAAGAUAGGUACAAGGAAUUUUUUAAAACCACAUAACAUAUACAAAUAGAUGUAAAAACCCAAACCCUCAAACAUUUUCCCUCCCCUUCCCCCUUAUUGACUCUCCAUUCUGCACUGUCUGUGUUCUAACUAUAACACCUAGCACACAUUUUGUUGUACUGUAUUGUGAAACACACAGAAAACAAAAAGUGAUUGUAGUCUACACAACUGAAGUUACUGGCUUUAUUGUGAAAAGUACUAGUGAAGCUGGGUAUGACUGCAGAUUUGUUUGGGUGAAGGUGUUUGUCUAAUGAAUUGAUUGUAAGAAAGAUAAAAGAGCUAUAUGUAACAAGUCACUAAAAAUGAAUCUGUCCAUAGAUAUGAAUGUGUUCAUACAAAAAUAUCUCUCUGUAAGUUGAAAACUUUCUUAGAACAAAAAAGUGAAGCUAAAACCUGACAGUAAGUUUUAUAUAUGCAAGGAAUUUUGUAUUGAGAGAGGAAAUUCAAACAUUGUGUCCCUUGCACCCUGCACACUGAAAUCGUAUAAUGCAGCAGGUACAUCGUAAUUAUGGAGUUUCACUCUAAGGAUGAAGCACCUGCUCUGCAGGUAGCUUAUAUCAGUGUAUAAUUAUAUCUUGUGUAACAUACAGGCUCUUGCAUUCUAUUUUGAUGUAAUGGAGAGCUUGAGGAAGUCCUUAGCCUAGACCUGUUAAGCAGCUGAUGGUUUUUUUAGUAUUCUGUUUUAUGGGUUAUUAUUCUGACAAUAUAAGCUAGUUAUAUAAGGAUAUUUAUCUCUUAUAUAUCCUUAUAGGAUAUAUGGAGAAUACCCACAUUUCUCCCAAUAUUUGUUACUUCAAAAUCUUUCAUAUUAGGCAAAUAUUUGUUAUGUUUUGCAGACUAUUCAAAUAAAAAUUCUGUGCUCUUUAUAUAGUCUGGUAGACUGGUGAAAUCAUAGUCUUACCAACUAUGUAUAAAUCUCUCUGUCUAUUUAAAUAUCUGUUGCAUCUUGAUUUCGAAACCUGUAUGUACCCAAAUGUUGCCUAACAGGAUCUUUAAAGUAGGUCACUUCAAAGCACUGGCAUAUGUUAUGAAGUUGUUGUAUGAUUCAACUCUUUUAUCCCUGGCAGGAUUAAAUAAUACAGGUCUGUCAAAACCUGAAUGGAGCUCUGUUCCUGAAUUCAGUCACAGCACCAAUAAAGUUAACUGUUAAUUCACAGGUACCAAAUAAUGUUUUUUCACCACUAAAAAAAAAGUUUUGAAGACCUAUUAAAUGACCCAAAAUAUUGCUUGUUUUCCAAACUAAAACCUCCAUGCAAAGGACUCGAUUGGUUGUCCCACUGAUUUCAGUUUAACAGUACAAUUUUAUCCAUGCUUAUUCAGAAGUAAAUCCCACUCUAUUCAGUGAAGCUUAUUCUGAGGUAAGUGUGUAUGACUGCAGAAAAGUCUCAUCAACCUUUUUCUGAAAUCAUUUACCAUGCUUUCUGCUACAAUACAACUUUAGCCCAACUUACAGGAUAAACAGUAAAGAUUGAGCUUCAGUAAAAUAGUUUCUAAAAAGUUAUUUGGAUUAUUUCAAACAAUUUUGUUGUAUUCAAAAAAGGAGAUCUACAGACUACACAAAUAGCAUCGUUGAGAUCAAUAGUUUACAUUUUUAUCAUAUUUCUCAUGUUUAGUCCAUUUAUGACUUAUUCAAAGGUUUUUUAGAUCUAUACAGCAGAACAAGAACAUUUGGAAUACUGACAUUUUCCUGUUAACUUAUUUAUGUUUAUAGCUCCUCGCUUUACUAUCUAGCUUACUUGCUGUUCACCGCUAUGAUCUUUGGAAUAGCUGUAUAUAAAUAAAACAAAUUAUUAUUAAAUUACUAUCUCAACAUUUUAAA